AUGUCCGAUACACAUUCACAUACGAGCGAGCUCCGAUUGAAGUACGAGCGGUCACUAGCUGCUAAUAGUCGUAGACUGCGAUCCAAUCAAAUUUCAAGUGGUGGUACUAAUCUUAGAGACAAGUAUCAAAUCCAUAAAGCCAAUCUUAACAAGUACAUUCCUCGACAACGAGAAUCUGUUCCCGAUAGAAUAGCCGAUUAUGAUACUGGACAAAAAUAUGGCAAACCUGUUACCGUGCGAAGCCAAGAGUCGUAUUGGUCAAAGCAGCCAACAUCAUCAUCUGGUGGGUAUACGCGUCCCCUGUACUCCCGGAGAUCACACUUACGAUCACCACCAACACCACCAUUUAACAAGGGAACUAAUAGAAGCAGGAUAUCCAAGUUGUCUAAGGUUCAACUGAAUAGUUCCAGGACUGGGACAAAAGGAGGGUCUAUGUUUUCCAGACUCCGUGAAUAUUUAGAGGGGAUUAAUCCGUUUAAUACAGAAGGAUAUGAUGAACUUAAGACUUUAGAAUCGUCUGCAAAGAAGUUUUAUCCUCUGGAGGAGAAGUCGUCGUUGUCACAGAAGAAGGUUACUUUUCAAGAUCCUUAUAAGAUCACUGAGGGAAUAGAUAUUGAUCCAGUUGAUGAGAUCGUGCAACAAGCAAGGAAUAACGACAGUAGUCAUAGUAGUGCCAGAAGGUCUCCGGUAAAGACUGAACUGGUAACUAGUGUUAUUCGAGAGUCUGAUAGGUUACAAGAAGAAAUCAAAAGGCUUUCAAAAGAUGUGGAGGCUCUUAGAGAAGAGAAGCGUGACGCACUUUCAUCACUUCGGGCUUUGGAGAUGAAAGAACAACAACUAAAGAAUGAAAUCCAAUUGACCAAAGAACGGUAUGAAAGCAGAAUAUCUAAGCUUGAACAAGUGCUUGAUGCUGGUAAUAGAGAUAAAGCAAAUUUGAAGGUUCAGUUGGAGAAGAAAGAAUCGUCCAUAAAUCUACGAGACUUGCAACUACUGGAUCUUCAGAAGAGAUUAGAAAGAGAUGAUUAUGAGUUAAGGUUGAGUCAAAAACUCUUUGAAAGAAAAUGUCAUUAUAUGAAACAAUUAGAAAAGCUACUACUUAAACAAGCGAAACUUGAACGAGAUAUUGAUCAACUUCGUCUGAAGUAUUUGCAUCUUACAAAGUCAAAUCACACUGAAGAUGAUAUUAUUCCAACAUUGGAGACCAAUGCUAUUCUGAAGACCUAUGAGAGUAUCAAGGAAAGUCUUUGUUCUUCUGAGUUCCAAGAGAAUAGCUUUGAUGCUUCUACCAUGAGAGACUUAGUGGAGCGAAUGAUGAGUUACACGGAUUCAGAGGUGUUAAAGAAGUCAAAGAAAGUUACCAAGUUAAAGAUAAUACUUGAACAAUUGUCCGAACUGAAGUCUACGGUUUAUCUAAGGAAAGUUAGACAAAUACAUGGGCUUCUUUGUAAGCUCUUGACCUUAGUUCAAAUCCAAAUCUUACUCUUAAAAUUUGAGUAUAAAUCUCAGGUUAAGCUUGAUGUCAGGGACUCGGGACUUCCUUAUACCUUACACGAGAAGUGGCUUUCCUUUUGCUUUGACGAUGAAGGGUCGUCUGAAGAUGACAUAAAUGAAAUGUCGUGA